AAUAUCAGUUGUCCUAUAUUUAAGAUAAAUAAUCUAUUUUUACCACAACCGCGUCGAUUAAAGGUGAUGGCCUGUGUAACCUAAACUGAUUUGAAAUGGCGUAUUUCAACUUACUAUCAGGAUCUGUGGCAUCUACUUUUGUAAUUGGAAUAUUGGUGUAUCUUCUUGUUAUAUGCAUUCGCUUCUAUGUUAAUUUCGAGCGGAAGAAGAAGUUUUUUGAUAAUCUUCCCGGUUAUAGUGUGGCAGAAAAACACUGGCUUACUGGGCAUAUAUCACUGUAUGUUAAGAAUAACAGUAUUGACUUAGAUGAACUUCAAUCGCUCGUCAAAAGGUUUCCAAAACUUUUUCGUAUAUGGUUUGGAUUUUCCAGACCGAGUAUUCAACUUGUUCACCCAGAUACCAUUAAAAUCAUGUUAAAAACUUCAGAGCCCAAACCUCUUGGAAUUGGUGGUAAUUAUAGACCUGCUUUACCAUGGUUGGGAGAAGGACUGCUACUAGCCGGAGGAGCCAAGUGGGCACGUUCCCGUAGGUUAUUAACCCCGGCUUUUCACUUCGAGAUACUGAAACCAUAUCAGACAAUCUAUAACAGCUGCACAGAUAAGUUAUUGGGGCUUAUAGAUACAUACGCAGAGACUGGGGAAAGUUUUGAGUUAUUCCAAUUAAUUAGUAACUGUACAUUAGAUAUCAUACUUCAGUGUGCCUUUUCGUACCAAACAGAUUGCCAAAAAGACAGAGAUCAACACCCGUACUGCAGAGCAAUAUCUAAUGUAGCAAAUCUGGUAGCGACAAGAAACAGAAAUGUAUUGUAUUUUAUUGACUUCAUAUGGAAUAUGAGUAAACCAGGGAGAUCCUUCAAUAAGGACUGUGAUUAUAUACAUAGUGUUGCUGAUAAAGUGAUUGAAAGUAGGAAACAAGUUUUGGCAGCAGGAAAACAAGAAAAGAAGAAAUAUUUGGAUUUUUUAGAUAUACUGUUAUCUGCAAAAGAUGAAACAGGAAUUGGACUUUCCCCAGCGGAUAUCAGAGCUGAAGUGGAUACUUUCAUGUUCGAAGGACAUGAUACAACGACAAGUGGAAUAUCAUGGAUUUUAUAUGAAUUGGCCAAAAAUCAGUCAUAUCAAAAGUUAUGUCAACAAGAGGUAGAUAAAGUGCUGAGGGAUAAUACUGACUUUGUUACUUGGGAAAACCUAAGCCAAUUCGAUAUUUUAACACAGUGUAUAAAGGAAGGAAUGAGAAUACACCCACCAGUACCUAUAGUAUCACGACAAUCAACAAAGGAAGUGACAAUAGAGGGCGUGACAUUUCCUCCUGAUACUACAUUUUCUGUUAAUAUAUACGGUUUACAUCAUAAUCCAGCUGUAUGGAAGGACCACAUGACCUAUGAUCCAAGUCGUUUUUCAAAGGACAGAGACUCAGUGCUGGACUCGUAUGCUUUUAUACCAUUUUCAGCUGGACCAAGAAACUGCAUUGGACAAAAUUUUGCCAUGAAUGAAGAAAAAACUGUGAUCGCUAGAAUUCUCGAAAGGUAUACCCUGGAGCUCGACCUAAACCACACUGCAGAGCAACAAACAGCACUUGUGAUGAGAGCUCAAAAUGGUAUUCAUUGCAAAGCUAGUAGGCGGAAAUGACAGAUAUGUACGUCGUCUUUUUAUAGCCAGUAUACCAAUUAUGGUUGUUUGAAAGAACAAAAAAAAGUGAACUAUAUUUUGAAAUAUAAAUAACAAAAAAUGACCAAGAUGUAUAAUGACUGAAUAUUGUUUAUAAAAGUAUUGUUAAAUAUUCCUUUGUGAUAUCACAGUUUUGUCGCGAUAUCAAGAAAAUACUUAUAAUCACUAUAUCAUGAAUAUAUCGAAUAAAAUUUUCUUUGA